UUAUAGGAUGGGCAUCCAGAGGGCAUAAAACAAAGGUAGUCGCCCUCGCAGCUACCCAGUUUCGACCAUUAAGUGGCAAAUCGCACAUCUCUCCUUGUGGGGGUCUUCGUUCCAUUCUUCCUCGUCCAGUGAAGUGGGAAUUGUAGGGCAAAGAAUGGUGCUGGGAGUCCUAGGCGCCUUGGCGGCGAUCGCCAAAGUGAGGUACUCCUUCACGGCCGUCGACAGCCACGUCUUCCGCCUUCACUACCGGUGGACAGCCACCUUCUGCUUCGCCUGCUGCGCCCUCGUCGUUGCCAAGGAGUACGUGGGCGAGACCAUCGAGUGUAUGACCAGCGACGUCAACGCCCUGAAGCCCAUAACGACAUAUUGCUGGAUCACUUCGACCUUCACCAUCAACUCAACAUAUCCUAUGAGAGGAGUUGGCAGGUACGAUCCGAAAAUCCACGAACAGAGGUUCCACGCCUAUUACCAGUGGGUUCCCCUUGUGCUCUUCUUCCAGGGAUGCCUCUUCUACAUGCCCCACUUGAUCUGGAAGUUGUACGAGGGAAAGCACGUCGACCGGCUCCUUCAGGAUCUCAACAAGAAUAUCUUCGAUGAGGACGCCAAGAAGAAGAAGGAGAAUAUAAUAAGUUAUGUCCGAGAAUCUUGGGGUCUGAACAUGCAGUAUGCAGCUAUAUACCACGCCUGUGAGGCUCUCAAUUUAGCCAACGUUCUUCUGCAGAUGUACUCUGUGGACAGAUUUCUAGGGGGCGUCUUCUGGGACUAUGGUACCAAGAUCUUGUCCCUGGUGACGGCAGACGACGCCGAGAGGUACGACGCCCUUAUCACGGUCUUCCCGAGGCUGACGAAGUGCAACUACAGGAAAAUCGGGCCCUCGGGAACAGUGAUGCUCGAAGACAUCCUCUGCGUCCUCCCACAGAAUAUCGUCAACGAGAAGAUCUAUCUCGUGAUGUGGCUGUGGUUCAUUGUCCUUGCAAUCAUCACUGCGAUUUGGUUGAUAUGGCGCUUGGCGGUGCUGAUCAGCGGAUCCCUCCGGCUUCGACUGCUGGAGCGCCUCAGCAAGUCCCGCCUCACCGAAAAGAUGGAGCGCACGAUCCACAGCCUCCACUUGGGAGACUUCUGUCUCCUGGAAAACAUCGGGCACAACGUGGAUGCCCUGAACUUCAAGGACAUCCUGCAGGGGGUCACGGACGCGGUCGAGGAAUACGAUCCCUCGGCGCCCAUCAGCGACGGGACGUACACGCCCUUCCUGAAACCCGGAGGGGACGACCUGGCGCCCAGAUUCCGGCACAACGCCGGCGACGGAUUGUGACACUGUGAUGACUCCGUCCGAUGAGGACGUCCGAAAAAAAAUAGUAGCUACGCCGAUGCCCUCCUAUGAGGGUCCGGACCCAGAUGAGGGCUUACUGCUGAAGCAGCUUCUUUUAACGGCCGUAUUAAUAUGGUACUUAUACUUCGAUGAACCUGUGAUCGAUUUCUGAUGUUGAUAUUUCAGAAUGAUGAACUUGUUUUUUUUUUUUUAUCUGUUCUACGUCUCCUCCGUCUUUGUAAAUUAAUAUAUACCGCUGACCAAUUUUUAAUUAAAGAUUUAUACUUACCUAAA